AUGAGCGCAGAUUCGCAUCCCCCGCCAUCUACUUUUGGCGGACAUUCUCCUUGGGGACCCAACCACUACCGGUCCAUGCGAGACAACGGCGACCGAUCACACGGUCCCUACCCUACCUCGGGAUGGCCCAGAAGUUCCGAUUCACCACCACACAGCUCAUCCCCGAAUAACAGAUCAAGCCGAGCUGACACCAACGACAUGAGCUACCCUGUCGAAAACUUUCCCCCAUCGCGAACAACAGAGAACUUUCUAUCCUUCCCAAGGCAACAUGCCCCGAGGAGCUCUCAAGACUUGAGGGAUUCGAGCAGCUAUGGCUUCCCAAAUGGGUUGACAGGUGGCCCAGCUUCUCGACAGGAGCCGACCCAUGGUGCCUCCCACACUCCUAGCAGUUCAAUCAACUCCCAACCGGCAAUGCGCUACAUCCAUUCACAACAUGUGCAGACGUUGGCCCAGCAAGCUAUGAACCCGCAGCAAGCGCAGGCCUUGAAUAUGCAAGCUUUUAGCUUCAACAACGCUCAGGCUCUAGACCAACAGUCCGCUCAGUUUUCGUAUCACUCGAACAGCAGGUCCUCUUCGUCCCAACUCAACCCUGCUUCUCAAACCUGGAACCAAAAUAUCACCAAGAAUCACGCCAGCAGAAACAGCCUCAACAUGGGUACUGACCUAACAAGCGGGCCUUCCUUGGAUGAUCAACUUGCCGCCAUGACUCUUAUGGAUCAGGGUAGCAGCACCAACACGAUCGCGCCCUUCUCGAAUACGUGGAGCACGAGAGACUCCGGUUCUCAGCAACCAGAGAAUCAGGGUAACCGUCAUAUACUGAGCCAACCUCAAUUUUCAACCUCGUCCAGAUCAUUUGGCGCGCAACCUGCUCCUUACGGCCUAUUCGACACCGCUGGGUAUCCUCCAAGCAUGGUUUCCACAGCCGCAGCAAUCCCUCCUCUCAUGCAUGGAAGCAACUUUGGGAAUGCAGUAAACGCACAACGACAUCAUAAUCCAUCCGCCCCAGUCCGCCACCCAUUCUCCAUACAAUUCAGUUCUACCAUUGCCAACAACAAUAAGAACGUCCCUUUCCAUGCUGUCUUUGGCUGGGUUGUCAUAGCAGCCGGUGAUUGUGAAAUAUCAAGGUUCAUCCAAUCCAAAUUGAUAACCGCCAAAAGCGAUGAGAAGGACCGAAUGUUCACCGAGAUUGGCUCGGACAUGAUCAGUCUGAUGAAGGAUCUCUACGGAAACUACGUCAUCCAAAAGCUGAUUGAACAUGGUAGCAUGACUCAGAAGAUGAGCGUGAUUGAGACAGUAAGAGGUCAUAUUGUCGAACUGUCUCUGAACACGUUUGGCUGCCGCGUGUUCCAGAAGAUUGUGGAAUGCUGUCCUCACACCCAAGUUGCUGCAAUUCUCGAUGAAAUUCAUAGUUACGAUGUCCUCAAAGUGGUAAUGUAUUCCGAGACUGGAAACCACGUCAUCCAAAAACUCGUUCAAGAGAUGCCUCAGAAGGAUGUCAAGUUCAUCACUGUGGCCUGCCAGGAAAAUGCAAGAGAACUUUCAGAAAACCAAUACAGCUGCAGGAUUCUCCAGCGAGUUCUCGAGAAGGCCGAAGAGGACGACAAGAAGAAGCUUGUGGCAAAGCUUAGUCCCAUGAUGCACGAACUUGUCACCCACCAGUGGGGCAAUUAUGUUGCUGGCCAUAUCAUCCAGAACAGAGGUCCUGAGGAUCGGGACCCUAUUUAUGAACAUGUCAUGAGCAGGCUACUUGCUCUUUGCCAACACAAACUUGCAUCUCACGUGGUCGAGAAAUGCAUCGUGCACGGCACAGAUGAACAGCGCACUCGAAUCCUCGAGCGACUUUGCCCGGUUGACGAUUCUGAACAGACGUUUGAAAACAUGUUCAAAAACCAGAUCGGAAACUAUGUAGUUACGAGUUUGCUCAAGCACCUCAAACGGGGAACCGUGGAGCGAGCCGAAUUCAAGCAGAAGAUCAUAGUUCAGUAUGAUCUUCUCAAGGCAACUGGGAGGACUCUUGAGAAGCUCGACAGGAUUUUUGAGGAGGACCGGCAGAUGGAGUCCAGGGAGACAAAGCUUCCGAGUAACCUUCAAAUCGAAGUUGACUCAGCCGGGCCAACUCCAGUGUUGACCAACGAAACCAACAGUCCUCAAAGCGACAGUCUCCCCAGCGCUGACGCGAGCACCAUCGAGUAUCCUCGCAUCAACAAGAAGACCAUGGGGGCAAACCCACGGGUUCGAGACGAUGAUGAUGCAUAG